AUGAGCAUCGAUUACCAAAAAAGACAGCCUGGAAAAUCAAUGAUCCUGCGGCUCUGGAAUCUCGUAUCAAAAUCGGAAAAAACAAUGCUUCCCGCUGGAAAAGAGUACGAUACAUGGACCAAGGCACAAUUAGUGCAGCGCAUCCGUAUGCUUGAAUCUCCUUUGGUUCUGGAACCGAAAAGCGAAGACAUCGCCCUUGAGAAGUGCGAUGGCGAGGAGACAAGCGGAAAGGGUGAAAAGUCUAAGUUGGACGGUGGUAUGAAGGCACUGAAGAAGAGAAAGUUCGAUUUUUCGAAGUUCGAGACCCGUUUUGUUGCUCUCAGGUUCGCCUACAUGGGCUGGAACUACAACGGCUUGAAUUACCAGCAGGAGCCUACACCAUUGCCCACUGUCGAGCAGGAAAUUUUGGACGCUAUGACUACUGCAAAAUUGAUUCCAAGUGCUGAUCCAGCCUCAUGCAACUUCAGUAGAUGUGGUCGUACUGAUAAGGGAGUAAGUGCUUUGAACCAGGUGAUCUCGUUAGAUAUUCGGUCGAAUCUUCGCAAAGAAGACCACGCAAAGAAAGAGUUCGACAUCAAAGAGCUUCCCUAUAUCUCAAUUCUUAACUCGCUUCUACCAACCGAUAUUCGGAUCACGGCGGUGUCUCUCCGGCCUCCUCCAGGAUUCGACGCCCGUUUCAGUUGCACAUACCGUCACUACAAGUAUAUUUUCAAGAAAGAUGGCUUGGAUAUCGAUUUGAUGCUGCAGGCAGCUGCUAUGUACGAGGGCCCUCACGAUUUCCGCAACUUUUGUAAAGUGGAUGGCUCAAAGCAAAUCACAAAUCAUGUCCGUGAAGUGUACUCUGCAAAGAUCAUUCCUCUCAAUGAAGAUUUUUACGUGUUUGACUUGAAAGGUUCGGCGUUUCUUUGGCAUCAGGUGCGGUGUAUGAUUGCCAUCUUGUUCCUCGUGGGCCAAAAGCUUGAAGCAUCCUCUAUUGUGACAGAUUUGCUCAAUGUAGAGAAAUUCCCAAGCAAGCCUGCCUAUGAAAUGGCAAACGAUAUACCGUUAGUGUUGUAUGACUGUGUCUUUCCCGAAAUGGAAUGGCUUACACUCGAGAAUGAUUUCGAAGGUAAGCAAAAGCAUAAGUUGAGAAAAGAGUACAACCUUUACAAUGGACUCCUUCUCGACUACCAGCUCAAAGCCAAUGUGGCUAAAUUGAUGGCAGAGACAUAUUUACAAAGCGCCGACGUCAUCAAGCACAAUACCGAAGGAGGCUCAGUUAAUAUCGGAAAUGGUAACGGAAGAAACUUCAAAAACUAUAUCCCGCUUGCGAACAGAGAGCUUGGAGAAACCGUUGAGGUUAUUAACAGAAGACAUCGGGAGAAGAAACAAAGGAAACAGGCCGAUGCUGAAUCCAUCAAAUCCGUAGAUAACUAA